AUGUCCGCGCAAUUGAACGGCAUCGGACGGUGGUCGGCAAACAAAGCGAAGCGCCACCAACAGCCAGCGCAACCGUGCGGCGACAGUGAGGAAUCGUCGCUGGAUGAAUUUCUCGAACACGAGCUUCUUUGCUGGCUGAACGAGGAUAAACCGAUCGGCGAGGAGAUAGCGACCAUCCGACCGGAACUGUACGGUGAGCUAAACCACUUGUUCGGGGUAGCGAACGACGCAGACAACCGGUGCGUGGAGGACAUACUGGCUGAGGCGGAGCGAUUGAUGCUGCAGGAUCCGCACGGUACGGACGCGGAACCUGCCGUACAAUCGCCGAUGGGGUGGGGCGAACUGCUACUGCCCGAGAUGGACCCUUCGCCAAACCGUGACGCCCUAUACCUGCAAACAGUAAGCCCGGACUGUGUGAAGGUGCUAGAUGUUGGUUGUCGUGGUACUUACAAUGACACAAUCGAUAGUAGACCCCAGUCACAAACAAUGGACACAUCAAAACCAUCCAACCUUAUCGUACCAACGCUGGACGAAAGUUGUGCGACCGCCAACAUACCCGUAGCGAAAAGUACACCAACACCAGCCUGCACGCCCCGGCAGCGACGACACCUCGAUCAACCGCCACCUAUCAAACCCAUGGAGGAAACGCAGCAGGAGUCACCACGCAACCAAUGCGGGCAUAAUCGCGCCCUGAAGCAGACAGCAAACUGCAGCAGUAACUCCCCGGCAUUGGCGGAUCGCCGGCAGGUUAUGUGUGACAGGUCAACGCAACCGUCACCCACGCCUGAGAACGACGAACCAAGCGAUGAGUACGCGAGCUGGUCGAAGGAACGGCUACUGGAGGGUAAGAUUACCGAGCUGCAGGAACGGCUGAAGGAUACCGAGGAACGGUACCAGAGUUUGAAGCUGCAGUACGACACCCUGUCGCAGGUGCAUCGGACGUUGCGUGAGAAUUAUGGUGCGAUGCAGGAGGAGAGUGAAAAGCUGCAGUUCGAUAUACAGCAUCUGACCAAGUGUGCCGACGUGUUAAGGUCUGAAUUGCAAUCCGCCCGCUGUGAUCGCGAUUCUGCCAUUGAGCUGCAGAAAAUUUUACAAUCCGAGCUGGAUGAAUCGCGAAAGGAGAAGAAGAAGCUACAGGACAGCGGGGAAAAGGACACAAAAACGAUACAGGACCUGCAGCGACAGUGCCGGGAGAUGGAACGCAUACUGAUGCGUAAAAAUCCCGACUCCAUCUCAGCCUUAAUCGUGGCAAGCAAAUCACCCACGGGGAAGCCCGAAUCGGACGGUUCCACCUCCACCACCUGCCGGCUGCUGGAGCAGCGUAUCGCUCAGCUAGAGUCGGACGCGAAAAAGCAGGAUGCCAAGGCGCAAGGUAUAUUGGCCGAUGUGCAGGCCCGCUUUAACUCGGUGCAGGCAAAGUAUGAAACGCAUAUAGCCGAUCUCGAGAUGCAGGUGCUCAGCCUGCAGGAGAUCAAUUCGAAGCUGAACGAAAAGAUCAUUCGCCAAAUGGAGGAGCUUGCCAGCAUUAGCAGCCAUGCGGCCGGUGCCACCGCCGGUGGUCUGCCGGUGGUGAAAGCCACCAGCGCCGCACGCUUCACGCAAACCGAAACCGCCGAGGAGGCUCCGGAAUGUCGGGGCCGGCGGCGCGAACCAGCUAGUGUUAAAGUGCGCUCUAUUUUAGUGCAGACGGAUGUAACCGGGACGGUGGAUGCGAUCGUUACGCGGCAGCCCAAUGCGAAGCGUGCCCAGGCACAGGGCAAGGAGGACGCCCAUCUGCUGGCCACCAUUCGCGGCAUGCGGGUCGAUCUCGCCAUCAAGGAAAAGGCAGUCCAGCGGCUAACGCGCGAAGUCGAUGAGUGUAAGAAAACGAUCAAAAAGUUGCAGAAAAAGAAGGAACCACCGGUGUUGGGGCGGUGUGACAGUGGUCGGUCACCGGUAAAGGUGCGGAACAAGGUGGCGGACAGCUGUGCGGAUAGCCCGGACAGUGGUGGACCACUUCGCGAUGCCCAGUCCAAGGUAAAAAUUCUCGAGCUGGACUACAAAGCGUUGCAGGACAAACGAUUGCAAGAUCUGAAAACUUUACAAGCCGCCCACGAAAAAGAGCUAGCAUCCUGCCAUGAAUCGAUACGCUUUCUGCAGCAGCGGCUGGCCGAAAGUGAAGAAGAGCUGCUCCAGCGUAAGGAUAAGCAACGACCGAACCAUAGUAACGAUUAUUACGGACUGAAGGCAAAGCGAAAGCACACAUUGAAACGGGUUACACCACGGCAUGGGCAAAUCUUGGCCCGGAAAUGUUGGCUAUCAGCCGGCCAUAGUCGACACUGUAAAGCGUUAGUUCAGCAUAUGCUGAAGGAUGAGUUUCACUGUACCAAGUCGAAUGUGCGGCUGCGACAGCAGUCCGGUGCUGACAAUAAGCUACAAUUGUAA